GCAACAUCUCACUUGGCGGUACCAGGUGUGUUCAAACCUGUAGCAGACAAACGCUCGCAGAUGUCUUUGAGCACGGCCAAUACGGGGUGGAUCUCAGCUGCGUAAACAGCGCUACAUACCGUGUUUUUCUCAGCCUGCCCGCAGGUAUGAGGGAAUUCUCACAGACGCACAACGCUUCAGCGAUUGACAUUCCACAAUCUUCCAUCGAGUGAGUCAGAUAUUGUCUGUUUACAUUUUGUUUAGACUUCUUGACGUGGAAGGCUCAUACAGAGUCGAUUCAAAGCACGGACAUUCUUUCAGCGAAGCGUUUGAGGGCGUAGAACCUAGAUAGUGUCGUCUUUUUUAACCAUCUCAGCGCUAUCAACUAUCCUGCUUUACGCACAAGAAGCGCUUGGAAUUAUUGCCACCAAGACAACUGAGCGCACACCGCAGACCAGACCCGUGGCAUGUCAAACCUCAGCAUCAGAUGGGCAGGUGGAGAUCAGUCGCGUAAAUGUCAAGAGGAUGAAAUUCCGAGCAGGUCGAAAGAAUAACUCGUGGGGCUUUAUUAGGCCGCGUCAUCUCGCGCUCAUUUAACAACUACAAACUGAGCCAACUCCCAUCAGUUAGAUUGAUUCUUUGAACACAGAGUGAUCAUGUCCAGAACGCUGAAGAAGAAGAAACACUGGUCCACUAAAGUGGUGGAGUGCGUCGUGUCAUGGGGGAACCUGGGAGACUUUGGCUCCGUUGUGGAGGUCUUGGGAGGAGCAGAGCUCGGACAGUUCCCCCACCUGGGUCAGAUGAAACUGGACAUACUCGUGUGUCACGUCGGUAAGCUACCUUACUACGGGGACGUUCUGCUGGAGGUGAACGGGACGCCCGUCAGUGGACUUACAAACCGUGACACCCUGGCCGUCAUACGCCACUUUCGGGAGCCGAUUCGCUUGAAGACCGUCAAACCAGGUAAAGUGUUGAACACAGACCUGCGCCACUACCUCAGUCUGCAGUUUCAGAAGGGCUCACUGGACCACAAACUCCAGCAGAUUAUACGGGACAACCUCUACCUACGCACCAUCCCCUGUACCACACGGCUUCCUCGAGAGGGGGAGGUGCCUGGUGUGGACUACAACUUCAUCAGUGUUGGUGACUUUAGGAUUUUGGAGGAGAGUGGACUUCUACUGGAGAGUGGAACAUAUGAUGGUAACUACUAUGGGACCCCAAAGCCCCCAGCAGAACCCAAUCUGGUGCAGCCUGACCUGGUGGAUCAGGUGCUGUUUGAUGAAGACUUCAGUGGUGAGGUCCCAAGGAAACGCACUACUUCAGUCAGUAAGAUGGAUAGGAAGGAUAGCGCUCUACCCGAGGAAGAGGAUGAUGAUGAAAGGCCCCCUCUGGUCAAUGGAUUGCCUGAGCACAAAGACUGGAGGAAAGCAGUUCCCAGUUACACUCAGUCCAGCAGCACCAUGGACUUCCGUACAUGGAGCUCUCUUCCCCGCGAUGACAGCCUGGAGCCAUUGCCUCUCAACUGGGAGAUGGCUUAUACUGAAACUGGCAUGGUCUACUUCAUAGAUCACAAUACCAAGACAACCACGUGGUUGGACCCCCGCUUGGCGAAGAAGGCAAAGCCCCCAGAGAAGUGCGAGGAUGGUGAGCUGCCCUACGGCUGGGAGAAAAUUGAAGACCCACAGUAUGGCACAUACUACGUUGACCACAUCAACCAGAAAACUCAGUUUGAGAACCCCGUCCUGGAGGCUAAGAAGAAGCUGAACCAGCAGGCUGCUGCGAUCCAGCAAGCUGUAGCAGCUCCUUCUCAAGGUAAGGGAGGGACACUUGGCUUCACUGCAGACCCCAGCCAGCUGAAAGGGGAGAUGUACCACACUGCUCUAAAGAAAAGCUCCCAGGGUUUCGGGUUUACUAUUAUAGGAGGUGACCGGACAGAUGAGUUUCUACAGGUGAAAAAUGUGCUAAGCGACGGCCCUGCUGCCCAGGACAACAAGAUGGCAUCUGGUGAUGUAAUUGUUGAAAUUAAUGGCAUGUGUGUUCUGGGAAAGACACAUCCUGAGGUGGUGCAGAUGUUCCAGUCUAUUCCCAUCAACCAAUAUGUGGACAUGGUUCUUUGUCAUGGCUACCCUCUUCCUCCUGACGUUGAUCUAGACAGCGAUGAUCCUCUUCCUCCUCCGCCUCCACCACCAGGCAGUCAGCCCCAGCAGGUUCUGCAUGGAGGAGAGGUGGUGACAGCCGUCCCCUUGAUCAACGGUCAACCACUGCUGGUGAAAGGUGAUGUCCUCCAUGGUUCCUCACAGGAGCUCCACUAUGUUACUACUGAUGCCAGCGGUCGACCUGUUGUGGCUGCCCUGCCCAAUGGGAGGCAGCCAGAGCGGGGGGAAGGGGCCAUAGCAAUGCUUCAGCCAGAGCUGGUAAGUGUGCCACUGGUCAAGGGACCAGGAGGAUUUGGUUUUGCCAUCGCAGACUGCCCUCUUGGCCAGAAAGUGAAGAUGAUCCUGGAUGCACAGUGGUGCCGCGGUCUACAAAAAGGAGACGUCAUUAAGGAGAUCGACAGGCAAAAUGUCCAAACGCUUAGCCAUGCGCAAGUGGUGGACAUCCUUAAAGACUUACCAGUGGGCAGUGAGGUGAACGUGCUGGUGCUACGAGGAGGUCAGACAUCCCCUGUUAAGACUCUAAAGCCUAGACAGGAAAUGACAGCCAGCACAGAAACUUUGGAUUGUAUAACUGAUGCAGCACCCCAGGCCUUGCCUUACCAUUCCAACACGAGCACCCUUCGCUCCUCUGAUUCCCCCAAGCGAGAGCCCACAGAGAUGUACUUAAAGUCAAAAGCCCUGCUUGAGAGCAGACAGCCUCACACCAAAGACAUAGAUGUUUUUCUGAAGAGAGAUAUUGAAACAGGCUUUGGAUUUCGUGUUUUGGGAGGAGAAGGUCCACAACAGCCAAAUGUAUUUCCCCAGGUGUACAUCGGGGCGAUUGUGCCCAAUGGAGCUGCAGAGAAGGAUGGUCGUCUCAGAGCUGGAGACGAGCUCAUUGGCAUUGACGGUGUGAUAGUCAAAGGUCGUUCACACAAGCAAGUCUUGGACCUGAUGACCAAUGCUGCCCGUAAUGGCCAAGUUAUGUUGACUGUUCGUCGAAAGGUCAUUUACAGAGAUGCAACAGAUGAAGAAGCACUGGAGAUGGCACCCGUGUUAGUGAAUGGUUCUCCUAAGCUACCUCGCCUACCCAUGCCCAGUGCACUGGAUCACGAGUCUUUUGACAUCACGCUCCACCGCAAGGACACAGAGGGGUUUGGAUUUGUCAUCCUUACAUCCAAAAGCAAACCACCACAUGGAGUUAUCCCUCACAAAAUUGGCCGCAUCAUUGAAGGCAGUCCUACUGACCGCUGUGGCCUGCUGCAUGUUGGAGAUCGUAUCUCAGCAGUCAACGGACGCUCCAUCAUUGAGCUGUCUCACAACGACAUUGUUCAGCUUAUAAAGGAUGCAGGCAAUGUUGUCACCCUCACUGUGGUUCCUGAGGAUGAAUACAAGGGCCCUCCAUCUGGAGCAAGUUCAGCCAGGCAGAGUCCAGCUCUUCAACACAGAGCCGUGGGGCAAAGAUCAGUGCUUCAGGAUGAACGUUAUAACCUGGAUCUAGAGGAGAAAAGAGAAGGAGUCAACUGGUCUGACCAGCAGGGAACGCUGUGUGUGACAGGACCCAACCAGGGUUGCCUGACAGUGGAGCUGGAAAGAAGUCCCAGGGGCUUUGGCUUUAGUUUGCGAGGGGGCACAGAGUACAACAUGGGCUUGUACAUCCUGAGACUUGCAGAAGAUGGACCUGCUCUGCUGGAUGGAAGAAUCCAUGUUGGAGAUGAAAUAGUGGAGAUUAACGGAGAGCCGGCUCGUGGCAUUUCCCAUACCCGGGCUAUUGAACUGAUCCAAGCUGGAGGAAACAAAGUGGUAUUGCUGCUUAGACCUGGAGCGGGUCUGUCUCAAGAUGGCAAUCAACGUGAUCAAAAGCUCAUUUCAUCCAAAAGCUAUUCCGAAGAGGUGUUUCUUUCUGACACAUCACCCCAACACUCUCCAUAUCCUGCCGGGGCUUCCGUUUUUGUUUCCCCUCCCUUGUCUGGCAAAUUGAAACAUACUCACAGUUGUAGCAUCAAAUCCCUACCAGGCUGCGAGCCCCACCGCAGCAGGGGUUUAAGCUCAGUGGAGGAGAUUGGAAAGCGGGCCGACAUGGAGGUAGAAAGGCUUUGUCCUGUCUCCCAUGAUCAAAUGAAGUUCUACCAGAGGCCCAGGUCCACAAAAGACUCCGGAGAGCUAAGCAGCCCAAAGAAAACAGGGAAGACAUUUCCCAAAGCCAAAGAGCAACAACAUAGUCCCAAAAAGACUGAGAGUCAGGCACAAGAAGCAUUGCCUAGCAGCAGCAGAAUGCUUCAGACACAUUCAAAAAUAAAUACUGCAAACCCCAAGAAGUCUCAAGAUGUGCAGCAGGUGGCUUCAACCCUUCAGCGCACAGAGCAUCAACAAGGCCUUCAUGGAAGAUUAAAGGACUCAUCCAGCAGAGAGAGCUUAGGUAAUGAAAAGAAAAACCUUGAAGAUGAGAAUCCUAAGAUAAGAAGAUUCUCUCAAGUAAGAAGAGAUAGGGCCAGGCCUGGCCGUGAGCAAGACAGUUUUAAAAGGAGAGUAGCAGGAGAGUUGCAUCAACAUAGGACAUUGCCUAAUGCAAUAAGAGAAAGUGAGAAAGGCAAAGGCAAAGACUCAGGGUACCAAGAUGUUAAUGGCAAGGGCAAACCUACAGAAAACAGGAAUGGGAGUAAAGACAUUAUUAACAAAGUGGAAUCACUGUUUUUUGAAGGUAUGAGGAGUAGAAAGGAUUCUGUAGCUUUGCCAAAAGAGACAAAAGGGAGAGAAAGUAGAUCAUCAAACUCCAAAGAACAUAGUAAUAAAGAAGACUUUGUAGCCUCUGCAAACAGUUUUUCAGGGGCCCUCUGCAGCCCUCAAGGAUCUGUUAGCCCAGGCCCUUGGAAAGUACCAAGCUUUGCCAAAAUCCUCUCUGAAGAAGAAGUCCUCCAAGAUCCUUUGUGAGGAAAGACUAAUGAGCUGCGCCGUGGAUUAUUUAACAAUAUCAAUGGAUUGUUUGUCAGAGUUCUUCCAUUUAAGAAAACAUAAAAGGGAAGUGCAUCAGUGUUCCACUUUCUUUAUCUAUGGACCAUGGCUGGAUUUGUAUUUUGGGAGUCCUGUGGUAUUACAUGUGGCAUGGAGUACUCCCCUCUGCCUUGUCAGUUGCUUCAUCAUCUUUUAAUGCGGGACUUCACCACAUGCGGCACGCUCGGGGCCUUGUCAGAGAAGACAUUUUGAAAUGUGAAAUGUGCCAAUCCUGGAAGUCUCCUCCGGAACAACAACUACCAACACUGCUUUACUCAUUAAAACGCAAUGACCCAUAUGCAAAGAAAUGAAAAAGGCCCUGUCUUAGGUCAGUAGUGUACACCUAGUAUGACUGUCAUAGGGUUUCAUUUUGCUCUCAGCCUCAUUGUGGGAUAUUUGGACUCUCUUUUUCUUAAAGGUUUGCUCAACUGCAUGCAGUCGUUCGUACUAUUUGUUUUACUGCACGUGUUCUGCACAUCGCUGAGGAUGAACCAGUUUCUUGUUUAUAAUUCUCAUUCUUUACACAGUUUUGAAAUACAACUGAGCAAGCGUUUACCACUUCUUACUGUAGACUGUUCAAAUGGUAUCACCAUGAAACAUCUUCACACAAACAGCAUCAUUUAAAAGACCAGAAACUUGUGGAUUGAGAUCUUGUUUACCAUGUGUAUAAUAACAAACCUGUGUGUAAUUAUUAAGAUAUUAGAUGAAAAUACUGUAUGUACAUGUAGCUGUACCAAACCAUUCCACAUUUUGAUAUAGAAUUUAAAAAUUGUCCCAUGUUAUUUGAGCUUUUCACCUUAUUUCCAUUGUACUUCAGUGGUUGGAGUUACUAUGGAUCUUUGUAGUUCAUGACAUGUAUAGAGCAUACAUUCAAACUGCUGUACCAAAUGUUUGCAGUCGCUCAAAUUGUGUCUCAUUGUGAAAUAUGAUAUAUAGAUAUAUAUACAUAUAUAUGAAUGUGUCAUGUUUUACAGACGCUAUAUACAGAUUUCCAUUGCACUGCAUCUGCCCUUGUAGCAUAACCGAAUGAGUUGAUGUUCACUUGCUACCAAUACAUUGCUGGUAUUUUAUAAUGUAUUGGUAUUAUUAUUAUUUAAUGGAGAUAUUACUUUUUGUUGAGGUUUACUGUUAAAGGCAAAAAAGUCUGUUUAUGUAUGCUUUCCGAGUUCUGAGUCAUGUCCCUUUUUUUUAUUUGGAUAUUGUGAAAAGAAAAAAUAGGGUUUUAAGUGUAUAUAUCCGUCUAUUCUGCUGUGUAAUUCUGUGCUAGGGUAGCUUUAAGGUUCGAGGCCAGAGAGUAAUAUUUUAUUGAUUUUUAACCAUGCUGCUGAUGUAAGCGAAGUCAUUGAACAUAUUACAGGGUAAUUGAGCAGAUAGAUGUAAAAAAAAUGUACAUGUGAGAGAAAAAAUAGUCAAAUAAAGGAAAAGGAAAUUUCACACUUGCUCAUACAGCUUACGAAAUAACGAAGUAUUCGGAAGAGCUCAGGGAACGCAGUAUAGUAGCAAAUAUGUGAGUUAUUAAUUACAGCUGAAUUGAGGUAAAAGUUUGUGAUUGUCAAAAGGAGUUUUCAGUUUACAAAUCUAGUAAGUUUUUGUGCAAUAGUUUGGUUGGUACGAAUGAGUAAACUCUUGAGUGUCGGAUAAAGGCAGUUCACUCUGGCCCCGCAUUAAAUAAUGCUCUUUUUAUUGUAUCUCCCCUGCACUGUUGUUCUCCUUGUAUGUUUUUAUUUUGACCAUUUUGUAUUUCAUCUCUGCAUCAUACUGUGGCCUUGCAUUGCUUCAUUAGAAAGAAAAAAAACUAUCCUUGUGGUAUCUUCUACAUUCUUUAGGAACCGUAGAUGUAAAUGUUUGUACAUUGUACAGCACCUUUAUAAAUACUUGCUGAGUGCUCUUUUGCGGAGAAAAAAAAAUAGAGGUAUAUGAAAUUGCUCUAUUAUUUUUUUAUGUAAAAAAAAAGAGAGAAAAUAUUUAAAAUGGAUUGAAAAGGGUAGGUUAUGACCUUAACAUGGUAUUAUGUUCAUGCACUGAAAAUAAAGUUUUGCUGAAAACA